AUGGCGUCGCUGGGUUUGCGCUCAGCGAAUUCGUACAACGACUUGGUGGACGUGUAUAGUGGCUCAUUCUGUCGGAUGUGUUACACGUACGCUUGCCACGAGCAUGGUGGUGACCAUCCACUGCCAGUCAGGCGAGUCGAUCCUGUGUACCCUCGAGUUCGAUUGUCAUCGGACGAUAACGUGGUUUGUGUUGGCAACGAGGUAACCAGUGGUCGUGAUGACUUAAACCGUAAGGUAGCUGUGUCAAACGUGAGCAAAAAGCACCAGAUCGGCGUGGCAAGUGAUGCGGACAUGAGCGUCGGAGACACUAAGCCUUAUUAG